GAAAGGGGCAUGGAGGGAGGGAGAGGUGGGCUGUCCCCGCCGGCGCCAUGUGAUGCCCUCCCCUCCCUCCGCGGCGCGGAGCAUCCCCAAGGCCGACGGCCGCGUCCCGCCGCCGGAGCAGCGCCCGAGGGGCCGCUCUUAGGUUGGGUCUCCCAAGCAGAGCAGCAGGAGGCUCCUUGGUGGUGACCAGAGAGGACUCUGACCUGCAGCACUGCCAUCCCCAUCGUGUCCCUUGUACCCCCUGGACCCACACAGGGGAGACGGCAACAAGGAGGAGGCCCCACUGGAGCUGGUAGGUGCCCCGCAUGGUGCAGCGUGCAGCCCUCCUGUGAGUCAGCUGGAGAAGGAGAGCCAAGGCUGUGCCCUCUGCUAUGGUCCAGGAGCUCUUCCCUGCCCACUGCUAAAGCCACUUCGCUCCCAGAGCCAUCCUGCAGCCGAAGCAUCCAUCAAGGACCCUUCGGAACCUGAGUUUCCCAUCUUCACAACCAACGUUGCAGGUUUUCUGCUUGCCAAAGCGUUGCUUCAGCUGGGGUUAAGCAAGCUCGACCUAUAUAAGAACAGAGGGCAGAGGGCAAAGCUUUGACACAUCCAUCCCCACAAGGAGCUGCAGACGGCUCCGUGCCGACGGCUGCAUCCCCGCUCCCGGCAGCCGCCGCCUCGGCCCCCUAUGCUGUUGGGGAUGAGUGCCUGCAGCAGGAAGGCGCUGACCCUGCUCAGCAGCGUGUUUGCUGUCUGCGGCCUCGGCCUCCUGGGCAUCUCCGUCAGCACCGACUACUGGCUCUACCUGGAGGAGGGCAUCGUCCAGCCCCAAAACCAGACGGCCGAAAUCAAACUGUCGCUGCACUCGGGGCUCUGGAGGGUCUGCUUCCUGGCAGGUGAAGAGCAUGGCCGGUGUUUCACUAUUGAAUACAUCAUGCCCAUGAACAUCCAGCUGACGUCUGAGUCCACAGUCAAUGUCCUGAAGAUGAUCCGCUCUGCCACCCCCUUCCCUCUGGUCAGCCUCUUCUUCAUGUUCAUCGGCUUCAUCCUGAGCAACAUUGGUCACAUUCGGCCUCACAGGACCAUCCUCGCCUUCGUCUCGGGGAUAUUCUUCAUCCUCUCGGGUCUGUCCUUGGUGGUGGGACUGGUCCUCUACAUAUCCAGCAUUAAUGACGAGAUGCUGAACAGGACCAAGGACUCGGACACGUUCUUCAAUUACAAAUAUGGGUGGUCGUUUGCCUUCUCUGCCAUCUCAUUCCUUCUCACAGAGAGCGCCGGGGUGAUGUCCGUUUACCUCUUCAUGAAGCGAUACAUGGCCGAGGACAUCUACAGACCUCACCCCAGCUUCUACCGUCCCCGUCUGAGCAACUGCUCCGACUACUCGGGGCAGUUCUUGCACCCGGACGCAUGGGCACGGGGACGGAGCCCUUCGGAGAUCUCCAGCGAGGCCUCCCUGCAGAUGAACAGUAGCUACCCUGCUCUGCUCAAGUGCCCCGACUAUGACCAGAUGUCCUCGUCCCCGUGCUGAGCCCCUCCAGCCCUGCGCCCGCUCCCACCCGAGCGCCCAUGGUCGCUGACUCCGUUUGUCAUUGGUUUUUAGGCUACUCUUUCAGAGCAACCCUCUAUUUAUAGGAGUGUAAAUACAACCAGGGAGAUUGGUUAUAUAACCAACCGUGAAACACAGAGAAUUGGGAUAUUUUCCUUUGGUUUUGUGGCUUUUCUUCUUUUCAUUUUAAUUCUUCCCUGCGUAACUAAAACCUUUCCAAAGUCCUUUUCCUUCAGCUCAUCCUGCUGAGCAAACAGCAGUUCUGCCUGCGGGAUAAACCCAGGGCUGGACUCAAGCAGAAAAAGGAAAUAGAGUAGAAUGAAAGGAGGGGAAAAAAGUGUAUUUCUUGGUUUAGGUAGGCUGCAGAAGUUUGUGCAUUUCACCGUGUCAUUUGUUCUAGAUUCAGUGGCCUAAGUGCUAGCAGGCAUCAAAGAUCGGUGUAAAUCUCCAAGAAACAGCCAUCAUUAGAAAAGUACAGAUUUUGUAUUGAUUCAGUCUUCACUGAUUGUAUCUCUCAUUGGCAGACACCGCUUUUAACCAGGCUGUAAUGGGAAAUAGCCAUCCUUCUCAACUGUACUUCAGCAGGCUUAGACACAAGCAGGCUGUUGUUUCUCUAUGGCCACUUGCAACCUAUUGCUUAAAUAUCCCAUGUUAGACUGGAGGCACUACAGCCCUGGGGUGUUCAGGCUACGGGGGUGGCUCAGGCACCCACAUUUCUUCCACUAUCCCAUAGUCUGGAGGCCUGAAGAGCAACUGGGAGAAUUUCAGUGCAGCAUCAAGUGAAGAACUACCUAAAACCUUCCCACAGGAAAUAUUAGCAGAGGAUUUAGGAGAAAUUACAGCCAGAAGUGCAAGUUAUUUCAAUGAAAGAGAUCCCAAACCAGUGUCAAGUGAUGUAGCUGAAAUUAAUGGCACUAGUAGUGCAAAGUAGUUGGCUUAUAUUUCAUUUUGGCAACAAA